AGCCGGUCCCACUCCGCACUGGGCGUGGCGGCCAUUUUGUUUUGGGCACCGAGCGGGAGUUGGCGGCCGCGGCUGUGGUGAAAGGCAGGAAAGGGCAGGCCGGGCGAGCAGGCGGACCAGCGGACCGGACAGCCAGCCAACAGCAACGAACUAAGCUAGCACUCCACCGCUUAACACAUCUAACCAACCGCCCACCAAGUUAACCCGAGCCCCUCCACCGUCAACUCAGGUUCGGCCGGCCCCCGGCCCGCCUUCCGCAGCCGUGGUGGCAGCCCCGGGAGGAGCACUGGCGUCCGUUUCCUUCGAUUCUCGGGAUUUGAAGAUGGCUGCACAGUCAGCGCCGAAAGUUGUGCUAAAAAGCACCACCAAGAUGUCUCUAAAUGAGCGCUUUACUAAUAUGCUGAAGAACAAACAGCCGAUGCCAGUGAAUAUUCGGGCUUCGAUGCAGCAACAACAGCAGCUAGCCAGUGCCAGAAACAGAAGACUGGCCCAGCAGAUGGAGAAUAGACCCUCUGUCCAGGCAGCAUUAAAACUUAAGCAGAAGAGCUUAAAGCAGCGCCUGGGUAAGAGUAACAUCCAGGCACGGUUAGGCCGACCCAUAGGGGCCCUGGCCAGGGGAGCAAUCGGUGGACGAGGCCUGCCCAUAAUCCAGAGAGGCUUGCCCAGAGGAGGACUACGUGGGGGACGUGCCACAAGAACCCUCCUUAGGGGCGGGAUGUCGCUCCGAGGUCAAAACCUGCUCCGAGGUGGACGAGCCGUAGCUCCCCGAAUGGGCUUAAGAAGAGGUGGUGUUCGAGGUCGUGGAGGUCCUGGGAGAGGGGGCCUAGGGCGUGGAGCUAUGGGUCGUGGCGGAAUCGGUGGUAGAGGUCGGGGUAUGAUAGGUCGGGGAAGAGGGGGCUUUGGAGGCAGAGGCCGAGGCCGUGGACGAGGGAGAGGUGCCCUUGCUCGCCCUGUACUGACCAAGGAGCAGCUGGACAACCAAUUGGAUGCAUACAUGUCAAAAACAAAAGGACACCUGGAUGCUGAGUUGGAUGCCUACAUGGCACAGACAGAUCCCGAAACUAAUGACUGAAGCCUGCCUUCCCUCCUGUGAGAGACUCUUGUUAAAGUCACACAUCUGUAAAUAACCUUGAGAUAACAGAUGAGAAGAAACCUGACUGAUGCUGGAAGGACCUAUCAUAAUAGGCGGACUGACUUGCCACCAGUUUGUGCAUUUAGUGUGUUCCUUUUACUUUUUGAUACUGUGUUGUAUGAAACCCUUUUUUCCUCUGA